CCUGAUGGGCCCACCGAAUCAGCAUAGUGCUCUAGUGACUUAGUGAAGCAUCAAAACCACCCAAAAUGGCCUUCAUGAAAUACAUCUUCGUUCUCUUUGCCGUCGUGUUGGCCCUGGCCGCCGCGGCCCCGGCCCCCGGAUACCACCACCACGGACACCACGAGCAUGUCGUCAUCCACGUGCCGUACCACGUGCACACCGUGCACCACCACCACGUGAAAAAGGUGCACGUGCCCGUGGUGAAGAAGAUCUACGUCCAUGAAGAGCCUCAUUACCAUCAUGACCAUCAUCAUGGUUGGUGGUAGAUGUAUAAAAAGUCACUCGAAGAUAUUAUGUCCCAUGGACACUGUCGCCAGGAAAAUACAAAAAGUUUCGAUGAGAUAGUUUUGUAGUUCCAGGACGUUUUUUAUUGUUAAUCAUUACGCUUCCAUUGUUGAUAGUCAAUAUGUAACAGUUUUUAUACUUGAUAAUAAAUUUUUUAUAUUA